AUGUAUACGGAUUACUCAAACGACCCCUUUAGUAAUUAUUCUGGAAGCAGUGUUUCAAACUACGAAGAAAUGAUUAACGAUGAAAACAUGAUUCAAUCAUAUGCUUAUGAGCCUAUUGAAACAGACUCUAACGACGAGCCUAUGGACGACUCCGACGAAGUUGCUGCUGCAUCAUCCACUGAAUCCGUAUCAGAACCCAACAGACUUCAGGAUAAAUUCUGGUGCACAUGUAACCAUUAUCAAAUCAUGGAUAGAGUGGAGGAAUGUGUUUGUUGCAAAGAAAUUUCAGCUGUUGUAACAAUGAAUGAAGACUCAGGACAAUUUGAGGGAAUAGAUACUCCUGACUUAUUUACAUUGUGGUCUAUCACUGCCAACUUGGUUCUUGCAAGCAUACCUUUGUACGAAAAGGAAAGACGUUUGGAUGUAGCUACGACUUUGAACAAUCUUAGUAAUGUGUAUCAUGAUGCCAAUGAAUUAGCCAAAGCCAAAGAGUAUAAUGAAAAACCGAUGAAAAUUAAACAAAAAUCACUUGGUCCUGAACAUGUUGACAAGGCGUACCAUCGUACUAACAAAUAUGAGGAAGCAAAAGAAUUUCACGAAAAUGCGAUGGAAAUUCAAGAAGAAUCACUAGAAUAUGCCAAAGCCAAAGAGUGUCAUGAAAAAGCGCUAGAAAUUCGACAAAAAUCACAAGGUCCUGAACAUGUUCACGUGUCUACGAAUUUAAACAUUCUUGGCAAGGUGUACCAUAGUACUAAAGAAUAUAACAAAGCAAAAGAAUUUCACGAAAAAGCGCUGGAAAUUCAUAAAAAAUCACAAGGUCCUGAACAUGUAGAUUUAGCUAUGACUUUAAACGAUCUUGGUAAUGUGUAUUAUGACACCAACAAAUAUGCCAAAGCCAAAGAGUUUAAUGUGUAUUAUGAGACCAAAAAAUUUGCAAAAGCCAAAGAGUGUUAUGAAAAAGCGCUGGAAAUUCGACAAAAAUCACAAGGUCCCAAACAUGUUCACGUGGCUAAGAAUUUAAACAUUCUUGGUAAGGUGUACCAUUGUACUAAAGAGUAUGACAAAGCAAAAGAAUUUCACGAAAAAGCGUUGGAAAUUCAACAGAAAUCACUAGGUCUUGAACAUGUUGAUGUAGCUAUGACUUUAAACGAUGUCGGUCAUGUGUAUUAUGAGACCAACAAAUAUGCCAAAGCCAAAGAGUGUUAUGAAAAAGCAUUGAAAAUUCGACAAAAAUCACUAGGUCCUGAACAUUUUGAUGUAGCUACGACUUUAAACAGUCUUGGUAUUGUGUAUCUUUGUACUAAAUUAUAUUAUCAAGCAACAGCAUUUUUUGAAAAAGCGUUGGAAAUUCUACAAAAAUCACUAGGUCCUGAACAUGUUUAUGUAGCUACGAUUUUAGACAAUCUUGGUAAUGUGUAUUAUGAUACCAACAAAUAUGUGAAAGCCAAAGAGUAUUAUGAAAAAGCGUUGGAAAUUCGACAAAUAUCACUUGGUUUUGAAAAUAUUGAUGUAGCUACAACUUUAAACAAUCUUGGUAAGGUGUAUUAUGAGACCAAAAAAUAUGCCAAAUCCAAAGAGUGCUAUGAAAAAGCGUUUGAAAUUCGAGAAAAAUCACUUGGUUCUGAUCAUGUUGAAGUAGGUACAACUUUAAACAAUCUUGGUAAUGUGUAUUAUGAGACGAACAAAUAUGCCAAAGCCAAAGAGUGUUAUGGAGGUCCUCAACAUGUUGAUGUAGCAACGACUUUAAACAAUCUUGGUUAUUUGUAUAAUCGUACUAAUGAAUAUGAAAAAGCAAAAGAAUUUCACGAAAAAGCGCUGGAAAUUCUAGAAAAGUCACUAGGUACUAAACAUCUUGAUGUAGCUAUGACUUUAAACAAUCUUGGUAAUGUUUAUUAUAAUACCAACAAAUAUGCAAAAGCCAAAGAGUGUUAUGAAAAUGCGCUGGAAAUUCGAGAAAAAUCACAAGGUCCUGAACAUGUUCACGUGGCUACGAAUUUAAGCAUUCUUGGUAAGGUGUACCAUUGUACUAAAGAGUAUGUCAAAGCAAAAGAAUUUCACGAAAAAGCGUUGGAAAUUCAACACAAAUCACUAGGUCCUGAACAUGUUGAUGUAGCUAUGACUUUAAACAAUCUUGGUAAUGUGCAUUAUGAGACCAUCAAAUAUGCCAAAGCCAAAGAGUGUUAUGAAAAAGCGCUGGAAAUUCGACAAAAAUCACUCGGUCCUGAACAUGUUGAUGUAGCUACGACUUUAAACAGUCUUGGUAAUAUGUAUUUUGAUACCAACAAAUAUGCCAAAGCUAAAGAGUGUUAUGAAAAAGCGUUGAAAAUUCGACAAAAAUUACUUGGUUCUGAAGAUGUUGAUGUAGCUACGACUUUUAACAAUCUUGGUAGUGUGUAUUAUCAUACUAAAGAAUAUGACAAAGCAAAAGAAUUUUAUGAAAAAGCGUUAGAAAUUCAACAAAAUGCACUAGGUCCUAAACAUGUUGAUGUAUCUACGACUUUGAACAAUCUUGGUAAUAUGUAUCAUUCUACUGAAGAAAAUGAUCAUGCAAAAGAAUUUUAUGAAAAAGCGCAGGCAAUUCGAAAAAAAUCAGUUCCUUCGGCUCUUGUUGUUGUUACUGAAUCUUCGAACAGUAUUGAAAUAAAUUCUGAUGAUACUGCUGAUGGUAAAUCCCCUUCAAAUUUACCCGUUCAUACGGAGAAAGUAGAAGAAAUUAACAAAAUUCUGCUAAAGUUUGCAGAAGAAAUUCCUGAUAAAUGGAAGAAUUUGGCAAUAUUUCUGAAUAUUAGAGAUGCGACAAUAAAAAAAAUUGAACUAAAUUAUCGUGACGUGAGCUGGCAAGGGUUUGAAAUGCUAAAGUUUUGGUUUGAAUCAAGAGAAAAUAAGAAGUUGUGGUACGAAGAACUUGCCGCUGCUUUUUGCAAUAUCGAGAAAAAUCAUUUGGCUGAAGACGUUCUUCAUAAAGGUGCAAAUGUUGCUAAAAAUUGUUAA